AUGAAAGUGACAUCAUAUGAAUUUUGCAGUCUUACUGAAGUGAAUUUAAAAACAAUAUUAAAAAAGUUUACACCAGAAAAACGGGAGAAGAUUAUCUUUUCAACUGGUAUUGGUUCAUUUUGGACACAUUUAAAGGAUGGGUGUCAAACUGCUCAUGUUGGUUUUCCUUACUUUGACAGUGGUACAUACAACUACAACCACCACCACUGCAGCAACUACAACCACAGCCCCAACAACAACCAUGAUGGUGAUUACAACAGCAGUCCCGACAACCACCACCACUGCAGCAACUACAACAACCACGACCACUGCAGCAACUACAAUUACAGCGCCAACAACAACUACAACAGCAGCCACAACAACUACAACAGCAGCCACCACAACUACUACAGCAGCCCCGACAACCACGACCACUGCAGCAACUACAACUACAACUGCAGCCCCAACAACCACGACCACUGCAGCAACUACAACUACUACAGCAGCCCCAACAACCACGACCACUGCAGCAACUACAACUGCAGCCCCAACAACCACGACCACUGCAGCAACUACAACUACUACAGCAGCCCCGACAACCACCACUACUGCAACAACUACAACUACAGCCCCAACAACAACCACUGCAGCAACUACAACUACUACAGCAGCCCCGACAACCACCACCACUGCAGCAACUACAACUACAGCCCCGACAACCACCACCACUGCAGCAACUACAACUACUACAGCAGCCCCAACAACCACGACCACUGCAGCAACUACAACUGCAGCCCCAACAACCACGACCACUGCAGCAACUACAACUACUACAGCAGCCCCGACAACCACCACUACUGCAACAACUACAACUACAGCCCCAACAACAACCACUGCAGCAACUACAACUACUACAGCAGACCCGACAACCACCACCGCAGCAACUACAACUACAGCUCCAACAACGAUGACCACUGCAGCAACUACAACUGCAGCCCCAACAACCACCACCACAGCAACUACAACUGCAGCCCCGACAACCACCAUCGCAGCAACUACAACUACAGCCCCAACAACAACGACCACUGCAGUGACUACAACUACAGCACCAACAACAACGACCACUGCAGUGACUACAACUACAACUGCAGCCCCAACAACGACCACCGCAGCAACUACAACUACAGCUCCAACAAUGAUGACCACUGCAGCAACUACAACUGCAGCCCCAACAACCACCACCACCGCAACUACAACUGCAGCCCCAACAACCACCACCGCAGCAACUACAACUACAGCCCCAACAACGACGACCACUGCAGUGACUACAACUACAGCACCAACAACAACGACCACUGCAGUGACUACAACUACAACUGCAGCUCCAACAACCACCACCACUGCAGCAACUACAACUGCAGCCCCGACAACCACCACCGCAGCAACUACAGCUCCAACAACGAUGACCACUGCAGCAACUACAACUGCAGCCCCAACAACAACGACCACUACAGUGACUACAACUACAACUGCAGCUCCAACAACCACCACCACUGCAGCAACUACAACUGCAGCCCCGACAACCACCACCGCAGCAACUACAACUACAGCCCCAACAACGACGACCACUGCAGUGACUACAACUACAACCGCAGCCCCAACAACCACGACCACUGCAGUGACUACAACUACAACUGCAGCCCCAACAACCACGACCACUGCAGUGACUACAACUACAACUGCAGCCCCAACGACGACCACUGCAGCAACUACAACUGCAGCCCCAACAACGACAACCACUGCAGCAGCUACAACUACUACAGCAGCCCCGACAACCACCACCAAUGCAGCAACUACAACUGCAGCCCCAACAACGAUGACCACUGCAGUGACUACAACUGCAGCCCCAACAACGAUGACCACUGCAGUGACUACAACUGCAGCCCCAACAACCACGACCACUGCAGCAGCUACAACUACUACAGCAGCCCCGACAACCACCACCAAUGCAGCAACUACAACUGCAGCCCCAACAACGAUGACCACUGCAGUGACUACAACUGCAGCCCCAACAACGAUGACCACUGCAGUGACUACAACUGCAGCCCCAACAACCACGACCACUGCAGUGACUACAACUACAACUGCAGCCCCAACGACGACCACUGCAGCAACUACAACUGCAGCCCCAACAACAACAACCACUGCAGCAGCUACAACUACUACAGCAGCCCCGACAACCACCACCACUGCAGCAACUACAACUGCAGCCCCAACAACGAUGACCACUGCAGUGACUACAACUGCAGCCCCAACAACGACGACCACUGCAGUGACUACAACUACAACUGCAGCCCCAACAACGAUGACCAAUGCAGCAACUACAACCGCAGCCCCAACAACAACAACCACUGCGGCAACUACAACUACAGCCCCAACAAUGACCACUGCAGUGACUACAACUGCAGCCCCAACAACGACCACUGCAGUGACUACAACUGCCGCCCCAACAACGACCACUGCAGUGACUACAACUGCAGCCCCAACAAUGACCACUGCAGUGACUACAACUGCAGCCCCAACAACGACCACUGCAGUGACUACAACUGCCGCCCCCACAACAACAACCACUGCAGUGACUACAACUGCAGCCCCAACAACGACGACCACUGCAGCAACUACAACUGCAGCCCCAACAACAACGACCACUGCAGUGACUACAACUGCAGCCCCAACAACGACGACCACUGCAGCAACUACAACCGCAGCCCCAACAACGACCACUGCAGCAACUACAACCACUACAGCAUCACCAACAACCACUACCACUGCAGCAACAACAACCACGAUGGCGACUACAACUACAACCGCAGCCCCAACAAUGACAACCACUGCAGCAUCCCCGACAACCACUACCACUGCAGCAACAACAACCACGAUGGCAACUACAACUACAACCGCAGCCCCAACAAUGACGGUGACUACAACCACAGCCCAAACAACAACCACUGUGGCAAUUGCAACUACUACAGCAGCCCCAACAACCACCACCACUGCAGCAAUUACUACAGCAGCCCCAACAACCAUGGCGGUGACUACAACUACAAGUGCAGCCCCAACAACAACCACUGUGGCAACUGCAACUACUACAGCAGGCUUGACAACCACAACCAUGGCGGCAACUACAACCACCGCCACAAUUACAACUGCUACUGCAGGUCCAACAAUGAUAAACACUGCGACAGCAGCUAUGCCCACCACCACAGCUGCACCAACUGCUGCAACUGUAACAACUACAAAUGCUGUGACAGCAACAGAAACAAAUACAAUUGUAGCAACUACAGUAAUCAACCCUGCGCCUGUAACUGAAGCAAUCACAAAUAAGAAUUUGACUUUCAGAUCACUAAAUGCUACAUUUUCAUCUGACUUGUUGGAUCAAUCAUCUCCUGCAUAUAAAAGU